CCCGGCCGGUGCGCGAGGACCGGGCCCGCGGCCCCGCACGGCCGCCGCCGCCGCCGCGAUGGCCCAGCAGCAGAUGACCAGCUCGCAGAAAGCCCUGAUGCUCGAGCUGAAAUCCCUGCAGGAGGAGCCGGUGGAGGGCUUCCGGAUCACCCUGGUGGAUGAGUCCGACCUCUACAACUGGGAGGUGGCCAUCUUCGGACCCCCUAACACCCUCUACGAAGGCGGCUACUUCAAGGCACAUAUUAAAUUUCCUAUUGACUAUCCAUAUUCACCACCUACCUUCAGAUUCUUGACCAAAAUGUGGCACCCCAACAUUUAUGAGAAUGGAGAUGUAUGUAUUUCAAUUCUUCACCCGCCUGUAGAUGACCCGCAGAGUGGAGAGCUGCCCUCUGAAAGGUGGAACCCUACUCAGAAUGUGAGGACGAUCCUGUUAAGUGUAAUCUCACUGCUUAAUGAGCCCAACACCUUCUCUCCAGCCAAUGUGGACGCUUCGGUCAUGUUCAGGAAGUGGAGGGACAGCAAGGGAAAGGACAAGGAGUACGCUGAGAUCAUUAGGAAACAGGUCUCGGCCACUAAGGCUGAAGCGGAGAAGGACGGCGUGAAGGUCCCCACGACCCUGGCCGAGUACUGCAUCAAAACUAAAGUGCCUUCCACUGACAACAGCUCAGAUUUGCUUUACGACGACUUGUAUGACGACGACAUCGAUGAUGAAGAUGAGGAGGAGGAAGAUGCCGACUGUUACGAUGACGAUGAUUCUGGGAACGAGGAGUCGUGACUGCUCCUUCAGUGCCCUGUACUGCCGUGGCGUCUCAGGCCAAAGGGAGGGGAGCAAGUGGGGACCUAUGGUGGCCCCUCAGCAAGGACUUACUCAUGGGGGGAGGGGAGCCAACGCGGCUCCUGCUGCCCCCGCAGAUCUCAGUUUGCUCCUCCGUAUGGACCUUUAAUGGAGAGAAAGUCCCUCCACAGAGUCGGAUUCUUGCAUUCUUUACCCUUCCAUCACUGUAUUGAUUCUUUUUUUUUUUUUAAACAGCCACCACCCCUCGAACUCCCACCUCACUUCAUCUCUGCACAGUGUUCACAGCAAAACACGUGUGUCUGUUUUUAGAUUCUUGAAGAAUUAGUCUGUUUAAGACAUGGUGUUGAAAGCUGGGAACCCACUGGGAGUCCACAAGUGCUGCAUAUAUUGGGUAGCAAAAUAAAAUGGGGGGAAAAAAACAAAACCAAAAAAAAAAGAAAAAAAAGAAAAAAAAAAAAAAGGAAAAAAAAAGCCAAUUUGCCAAGGUUUAGCUGCUCCUUACAUUAGUGCGUGUGCAUUUGUCCAGCCCCGUGGUGGUGAGUUCUGUUCUUUCCCUUCCUAAGGCUGGGACGCGGUGGGCAUCAGGGACUUACUCUCGCUAAGUCUGAUGAAAUGUGCUGCCUCUAUGAGAUUGCCCCAACAUGGAGGCUGCAGCUACUCUAAGGAGAGAAAUCAGAUUUUGUUUUUUGGAAUCGAUUGGGAUCUAAAGCCUGAAAUAAAUAUUCAUACUUUACAUAGAACUGAGCACUUGGUUGCUAUUUAUUUUAAAGGUAGGGUAACUUUUUU